AGAUGAGCACCACAACCACAAAUUUUCCUUCAGGCCUGAAACCAGAGGAGCUCUCAGCGGCAGGGCAGAACAGUACUCUCCCAUCAAAGCUCUCGCACAAGAAAGUCCUGGACAUCCUUAAUAACAAAUGCAGCCAUUCUCUGCAACAUCUCAAGCAGGCUCAUGCUAUCAUCCUCAGAACUGGGCAUUUUCAAGAUCAUUAUGUGUCUGGUACCUUGGUCAAGUGCUAUGCGAAUCCUCAUUUCAACGACUUUGCCCUGGCAGUCAGAGUUUUCCGUCAAAUCCCGAGCCCCAACGUGUUUGUGUGGAAUAUACUUCUCAAGGGAUGCCUGGAGAACAACGAACCUCAAAUGGCCGUAUCCUCUUAUAAAAGCAUUCUGGUCUUCAAUUCUAGGCCCAAUAAGUUCACUUAUCCUUCUUUGCUCAAGGCUUGUGCCAUUACGGGCUCUGUGGAAGAAGGGACACAAUUUCAUGCUCACGUGGUGAAACAUGGGCUUAGUGGGGAUGGUCACAUUAAGAGUGCUGGGAUUCAAAUGUAUUCAUCAUUUGGGCUUGUGAAAGAGGCUAGGAAAAUUCUUGACGAUGGAGAUGGUGAAUCCGACGUCAUUUGUUGGAAUGCCAUGAUCGACGGAUACCUGAAGUGUGGACUAGUGGAAGUUGCUCGUGAAGUGUUUGAGAGUAUGCCGGAGAAGAACAUAGGAUCUUGGAAUGCAAUGAUAAGGGGGUUAGCCAAGUGUGGGAUGAUUGAUAGUGCAAGGAAAUUGUUCGAUGAUAUGAGCGAGAGAGAUGAAAUUUCUUGGAGUGCUAUCAUAGAUGGGUACGUCAAAGAAGGGUGUUUCAAAGAGGCUUUGGAAGUUUUCAACGAAAUGCAAAAACAAAAUAUAAGGCCAAGAAAGUACAUAUUAUCUAGUAUGCUCACUGCUUGUGCUAAUUUGGGAGCUCUAGAUCUAGGUCGAUGGAUUCAUUCAUAUAUGGAAAGGAAUUUUAUUCAAAUGGAGUCAGUACUGGGGACUGCUUUGCUUGAUAUGUAUGCCAAAUGUGGGCGUUUAGACACGGCGUGGGAGGUUUUCGAGAAUAUACCAGUGAAGGAAGUUUUCACUUGGAAUGCUAUGAUAGGAGGGCUUGCUAUCCAUGGCCAGGCAGAUGAAGCAAUCAAACUCUUCACCAAGAUGAAUAGGGAAAAGCUGAAACCAAAUGAUAUUACUUUUAUUGGCGUUCUAAAUGCCUGUGCACAUGCAGGAAUGGUCGACAAAGGUCUAGCCUUAUUUCAUUCAGUGAAAGAAGUAUACGGGAUUGAGCCCGAGAUAGAACAUUAUGGUUGCGUGGUUGACCUCCUGGGAAGGGCUGGACUUUUAGAGGAGGCAGAGAAGUUUAUAGGUUCUAUGACAGUGGAGCCCAAUGCAGCCAUUUGGGGGGCACUUGCGAAUGCUUGCAGGAUACACAGGAAUGUAGAACUAGGAGAAAAGGUGGGGUGGAUUUUGCUUGAUAUGGAGCCUCAAAACAGUGGUCGUUAUGCGUUAUUAUCAAACAUAUACGCAAGGGCAGAGAGAUGGGAUGAUGUUGCUAGGGUUAGAAAGUUGAUGAAGGAAAGAGGAAUCAAGACUAUUCCUGGAAGUACCAUGAUAGAUUUGGGAGGUGCAGUCCAUGAAUUUAAAAUGGGAGACGGGUCACACCCAGAAACAAAAGAAAUCCAUUCGAUGUUGAAAAGUAUUAUGGAGAAGAUGCGUAUGGAAGGCUAUUCUCCGAAGAUUUCCCAAGUUCCCUUUGACAUUGAUGAGGAAGAAAAGGAAACUGCACUGAGUCUGCAUAGCGAAAAGAUUGCUAUUGCUUUUGGACUCCUUCGUACAGAACCAGGAACAACGCUCCGUGUUGUGAAGAAUCUGAGGGUUUGUGAGGACUGCCACUCUGCUUUCAAGCUCAUUUCUCAAAUAUACAGCCGCGAUAUCAUUAUGAGGGACCGUGCGCGCUAUCAUCAUUUCAGGAAUGGAGUUUGUUCAUGCAAGGACUUUUGGUAAGAUCUAUAAAUAGAAUGUGCCAAUGCAUGUUAUUUGUGAUUCAUCACCCAAAAAAAUUGUGAUUCGUCUGUGAUGCGAGAGAGAAAUUUAUCAGAUGAUAAAAGAACUGCUCCAAAACAGUGGAACAGUAAUGCUGGCGGUGCUUUAUUGACUUAGGAUCAAGAGCAUGGCUGAUACUUUGUAGGAUUAUUUCUUUAGCAGAGCAAUAGUGAAGAUGUACAUAGAUGUUCAUGAACUUAUCAUUAUCACCAUCAUCCAGGAAAAUAUAAUCACUAUUUUACA